AGAGUUUACAGGAAGUUUAAUUAUCUUGUAAAAAAAAGUUAUUAAUUACUUAAACAGAAAUAUUAAGAUUCUCAAUAAAACAAGACAAGUGAAUUUUAAAGAAUGUUUAAAUGAAUUAAAGUGCAUUUAUAACGUGUUAUAUUCUUGACCUCUAAACUUUCCGGAAUUCUUUGAAUUAUUUGAAAAACGUGUUUUUGAAGUUUCCAUCAACCAUGCUUUCGUUAUUUGUGAUGGUUGUGUGUGAUUGUUGUGAUGUGUAGAACUUAGUUCGUGGUUGCAGUUGGUGGUUGUUCAGUGAACAUUUUGUAGUCAAUCGAAGUUGCGUGCUUACAUUGAGAAUUACAAUAGAUUGCUUUUUAGCAAUAUAUAAAGAAGACUGAGUAAUACAAAGUGUUAAUUGAAAUCGCUAAAUAACGCUAAUAAUAUUUAUUUGCUGUUUACUGUAGAGGAAACCAUCAAGAUGGCUACAACGGAAUCACUUGCAGAAGUAACGGAUGUAGUUCAGAUUUUGAGACAAUGGGAAGAAGAUCACAUUUCCCCAACUUACGAUCCGAUUCCAACUUUACAAAGAUUAGCUGAAAUUAUUGAACUUGAAACAGAAAAUUAUUUAAAAAUGGAUCCGGAUCCAUUUGAUGAAAGGCAUCCUUCACGAACUGAUCCCGAAUGUAAUUUUGGUCACAUAUUGAAAGUGCUUUUCAGAAAGGAAAAUUUUAUGACCAAGUUGAUCAAUGAUUAUCUUCGAGAUACUUUUUGGGUGCGAUCAGGCAUCACUGGACGAGAUGUAAGAAAAUUAAACACCGCUGCGUGUCGUCUGAUGUUAGAUAUUUUGCCCGGCCUUGAAACAUCUGCAGUGUUUCAACCCGAUAUGGAAGGAUUAAUACACAGAUUAUUUUCAUGGGCUGAAAAAAGUGUCGAACCACUUCAAAGUUAUGCAACUGGUUUAUUGGCAGCAGCAAUGGAAGUACAGGACAUUGCAACUGGAUUUCGUGAGCAAAAUGGUAAAAUGGUGCCAUUAAUGUUGCAAAGACUUCACAAAUUACAAGAAAAAGCCACCGAAGGAAGGCAAGCUUGUGCAAAUACACGACCUUUUGCUCAUUUUGGACAAAAUCGUAAUGUCCUACAAGAUUUCGAGCACAAAGGUGUUCCGGGAAAGCGAAAAGUCAAGGAUAAAAAUCGAGAAAAUGGUGUUGUUAAUUCUUCAUCAGAAGGUGUUUCACAAUCACAAGAAAAUACAUGUGAAGAUUAUGAAGAGGAGAGUGGACAAAGUUCCGAUGAAAUUCCACCUAGUAAGAGAUUGAAAAACAAUGAUGAACCCUCAACACCAUUAAAAACGCUCGACAAUUCUUAUCCUGAAAUAAUGUCACCUCCCUUGUCAAUUCCAAAAUCUAAUAAUUUGUCCAACUCCCAGGUAACACCAAUAAAAGGAUUAAAUAAUCUUUCAACACCACCAAGGUCCAGUGGUACGAUAGCAAGAUGUAAUUUAUCUAGAUCUUUAAAUAUUAGUAGUACGCCAAAUAGUGUUGUUGAAGGUAAUUCAAAUUCAUCAUGGGCAGAAAUGGAAUCUUAUGUAAUUGGAAAUAUUCAAAUUCAUCCACCGACACUUGCGACAAGACAAAUGUUAAUUCUCAGAUAUUUAACACCAAUGGGAGAGUAUCAAGAAUUUUUAGGUCAUGUAUUCGAACAAAAUGCGCUAGAAUUAAUACUUAAGUACAUUAAUGUUCGUGAAACUAAAGACAGUCGAUUGGCAUUUGAAUCAUUAAAAUAUCUUGCCUCUCUUUUGUGUCAUAAAAAAUUUUCUAUUGAAUUUUUAAAUAUGGGUGGACUACAAAAAUUGUUGGAUGUACCAAGACCAAGUGUUGCAGCCACUGGUGUUUCUAUAUGCCUUUAUUAUCUUGCAUACUGUGAAGAUGCAAUGGAACGUGUUUGUCUUUUACCAAAACAUGUUAUUUCAGAUUUAGUUACAUAUGCACUUUGGCUACUUGAAAGAAGUCAUGAUUCGGGACGAUGUCAUGCGACAAUGUUCUUUGGAUUUUCUUUUCCAUUUAAGGUGAUUUUGGAGGAAUUUGAUGCUCAGGAUGGUCUUAGAAAACUAUUUAAUGUGAUAUCAACGUUGCCGAUUUUAAAUGUCGAGGAAGAGCCUUCUUUAAAUGACGAUGAAGAAUGUGCAUCUAGGCAAAUUGUGAGACACGUCGCUGUUGCUUUAAAAAGAUAUAUGGAAGCACAUUUGUAUUUAAAAGCGGAACAAUUGCAAAGAGCUGAGAAUGCUAGAACUGAACGCGAUACUUGGCAGCCUUCUAUUCCUCCAUAUAAGGCAUGUAAAUUGAGCAGCGAAGAAGUACAAGCAAAAGUAGAGAUUCUACAGGAAUUAAUGUCAUUAAGAACAUUAUGGUUUCCUGUGGAAGAACUUUAUCGUCUUGGUGGAAUUACUCUUCUUCUCCAAAUUAUUGCUUUUGCUCGAGAAUGGAAUUAUAGCGGACGAGUUCACGCCACAUCCAGCGCUGAGACUGUUCGAUCUUGUUUAGAUGUAAUUGCAAUUUGCUCUGUUGUACCAAAAGUUAUGUCAUUACUUUGCGAAAGAGUUGACAUGCCGGACAUGUCUAUGACAAUGGCAAUUAAUUUAUUAUUGGCUGCUGCAGAAUGUGAAAUUAUUGCAGAUGCCGAUGUUCAAAGAGCUGCGCUCCGAGCUGUUGUUAAUUGUGUUUGUGCUCCAAUUAAUAGGGUGGGUGGCAAUGUUGCCAGGUAUUCUGUGACAGGGUCAGCGAAAAAGAAAACAAAUCUGCAUAAUAGCGAGGAAUUAAUACAAAAAGUUUGGGAAAGUGUGAGAUCAAACAAUGGCAUAAUGGUUUUAUUGCAAUUAAUGAUGGUGAAAACGCCAAUCACGGAUGCGGAUAGUAUUCGUGCUCUCGCUUGUCGAGCACUUGCUGGCCUCGCAAGAAGUGAAAAAGUUCGACAAAUUAUCAGUAAAUUGCCAAUGGUCACUGAUAAUCUUAUUCAAGCUCUUAUGAAGGAUCCAAUACUUCAAGAGAAAAGGCAGGAGCAUGUAAUGUUUCAAAAAUACGCUUUAGAAUUGAUGGAGAGAGUUUCUGGUAAAGCAAAACCAACUGGGGCCGAAUAUGAAGUUUCCCUUGUUAGUCUACAUAGAGCGAACGUUGUUGCGCAAACGAGAAUACAAUAUAAUGAACAACAAUUAUAUCAACUCAUGUAUCAGCAUUUUGUAUCGAAAGGUUUAAUGGAAACAGCUAAUUCACUACUGCGAGAAGCGAGUUUAGAUUCGCCUGCUGUUAUGAAAGCUGUAACAUCCUAUCAACCUUUUCAUUACAGAAGUCCUGCGCCUUCAGGGCCAAGAAUUGGUUUUUCGCCAGGUGCACCUGCUAAUCUUUACAAUACAAGUAGAUGUGGUGCUCGUGAAACAACACCUAGAACAAAUGUAACUCCCACAUCUGGUCCUUCUCGUUUUAUUAAUGUAUGCUCGAAUGCAUCUCCUUCACCAAAUCCAAUUCGCAUAAAAUUGGCAGAUUCUCUUGGUCAGAGUCCUGCAACAAAUAAUCUUAGUCAACCAAUUAAGCUACAAAUUAAUCAAAAAAAAUCCAGUCAAAAUGAGAAACAACCUCUAUCAACAGCUCUCACGAAUUGUCAAAUUCCACAACAAUCACAGACAAAUUCUUGUAGAUCUUUGCAAAAACAAAUUUCACGAGAUCCUGGAGGAGGUGGUCCAGGAGUAGCUACAUCAAAUAUGGCCACUGUUACUUUAGAUUCUAUUAUUACGGAAUAUUUAACCAAUCAACAUGCCCUGUGCAAAAAUCCAAUGGUCACGUGUCCUCAAUUCAAUCUCUUUGAACCUCACAAAUGUCCCGAUCCAUGUACAAAAAAUUCAACACCAUUGAACGUAACAAUGCGAGUAUCGAGGCGACCUUUAGGAAUGGAUGGAAGACGAUUGGAUAGAAGACAUAUUUAUAGUCGAUUUUGUCCUGUUAAAACUUUCAGACCGAAUGAUAUUGAUGGAACUUUCACCUCUUGCACUUUUUCGCCAUGUCAAGAAUAUCUUGUGCUUGGAAAUUAUGCUGGAGAAGUAAAAAUGUUUAAUGCUCACACGGGAACUGAAGAGGGAACAUAUCAAUGUCAUGAAUCGUAUAUUUAUCAUAUGGAAUGCAAUAAAAAAGGAAAUCUUUUAUUAACAUCAACCGCUUGGCGAACACCAAUGUCUGCACUGUGGAGUUUUGGAACAUUUUUCGACAUGAAAUUACCUCUUGAUCAUGAGGAUUUCGUUGAAUUUGGUAAACUUCAAGAUAGAAUAAUUGGAACUCAAGGGGAAAUUGCAACAAUAUACGAUAUUACGACUGGAAAAUUGGUAACAACUUUGACGCCAUCAAUAUCGAAUCAAUAUACCAAAAAUCGAGCCACAUUUAGUAUGAACGAUGAAUUAGUACUUAAUGAUGGAAUAUUGUGGGAUGUGAAUUCGGGAAAGGAAAUACAUAAAUUUGACAAAUUGAAUCAAACUCUAAAUGGUGUUUUUCAUCCAAAUGGAACUGAAGUUGUAUCCAAUACUGAAGUAUGGGAUUUAAGAACGUUUCAUUUACUUAAAACAGUUCCAGCGCUUGAUCAGAUGGAAAUUAUAUUUUCUCCCGUAAAUAGUAUAAUUUAUGCAGUAUCAAUGGAUCAGGAAAAUGAAGAUGAAUUCCAUUAUACUACUUCUUUUAAAACACUCGAUGCUUUAGAUUACAAUAGUAUUGCAACUUACGAUGUCAAGAGAGGCAUUUUUGGACUUGCCUGCAAUAAAUUUGAUACGCAAAUUGCAAUCGUAGAAAAUUUGGGAGAAUUUAAUAGUAUACAGGAAUCAUGGGUAAGAUUGUACGACGUUGGUAGGAGAAGAGAUGAUGAGGACGAAGCAGAAGAGGAUGAUGAUGAUGAGGAUCUUGAUGCGAGUGAUGACGAUGGAUCAAACUCGGCAUCAGAUGACAAUAAUGGUGAUGAUCCUGAUAAUGCUGAUCCAGGGAGUGAAGAUAAUAGAGAUGAUAACGAACAAAAUGAUGGAGACGAUAACGAUGAAGAUGAUGACAGUGGUGAUGGUGAUGAAUCAGCAGAUGACAGCAUUGAAUUUGCUUUAAAUGGCGAUUCAAAUGAUCUCUCGGAUGAUUUUUCCUUUUCCGAUAUGGAUGAUAUAGAAAUAAUGUUCCCUUGAAUAGAACAGUCUCUGGAAUACCGUGGUAUUUUAUUUUUUCAGUGUAGAUUCUUGAAGAGUCUCAAAAAUUUACUGCACAAGUAAGCGCUAAAUCUUCUUCUUCUUUUUUUUUUUUUUUUUUAAACUAAACGUGUUAAUAUUUAUUGAUUUCAUUCUAUAUAUUAUAUAAAUAUAUAUAUAUAGACUCAAUUUGUUGUUGAGUUUUUACUUUGGAAGUCAGGAGUUAAUAAGUCAUGUUAAUAAAUUUUAGAAUAUAGUUGUCGUGAUGUUCACGAUUAAAAAAUAGGCAAUCGAUAAAUAUUAAAGAAAAAUAUACGAAGAGACGCGUUGUUCUAAUAUGUACAAAAUAAAAGGUCUUCAAUAAUAAUUUCUUUGUUUAUGAUGACAUUAAAUUAAUUUUAUAUUUUAAAUGCAUUGCACUACUGAAAAGUCAAGGGUUCCAAUUAAAAAAAAAAAAGGAAAACCUUUGCCUAACCACGAAUUUCAGAUAUUGUUAAGGAUGAAAAGGAAAAAAACAAUAAUUAGUUACUUUUGAGAUUUUUUUCAAAUGAAGGAAGUCGAAUAGGUACAGCAAGAAAAAUAGAUAGGAUUUUAAAAAUGUUACUUUUCUAUACAAAAAAGUGAAGAUGCAAACGUUGCUAUUCUCUUGCGCUCAUAUAAUAUGUAAAUGAUUUCAAUGAAAAAUUUUUUCUAUUUUACGUACAUUCAGUAAAGCCAAACUCAAAGGAUAACUGAUUCAUAGGUAUUAUUGUGAAAUAUAAUUGGUUAGUGAUCGUGAUUAAAUAAAUAUCUCUAUAAUGUAUAUGAAUAUAAAUAUUAAUAAAUAUUGUAAAAAGUC